GGCCUGGAAGAUGGAGCUGGAGGAGGAGGAGCAGCUGCUUGCCAAGCCGGCCUGGGAGUUAGAGGGGAUCCAAUUUCUCCAGAACACUGUGGGCUGGCUGCUUUCCAGUUAUGGCUGGUAUUUUCUUUUCAGCUUUGUUCUUCUCUACCUGAUCUUUCAAAGGCUUUUUGGUAGCUUAAGAGUCGCAAGACAGAGAGCCUUGGAUGAAUCGGUUGCAUCCAAUAUAGAACCUGAAGCUGUAGUUAAACAACAGGAAGCUUUAGCAGCUUCUCGUUUGAGAAUGCAAGAAGAAUUAAAUACACAAGCUGAAAAGUAUAAAGAAAAAUUAAAGCAGCUUGAAGAGGAGAAAAGAAAACAGAAGAUAGAGAUGUGGGAAAGCAUGCAAGAAGGAAAAAGCUAUAAAGGAAAUGCUAAAAAGUGGCCACAGGAACCUGAACCUGGUCCUUCCACUUCCUCAACUAUAACAAAGCCUAAAUCUGACAAAAAGCCUUUGCGGGGAAAUGGUUAUAACCCUUUGACUGGAGAAGGAAGUGGAACAUGUUCAUGGAGACCAGGACGUAGAGGACCCUCAUCUGGUGGAUGAGGUUAAGAAUCUUGCUUAUGUCUCUUGACAUUAGCAAGAUAAAUUUAACCUACUAUUCAGCUGCCUAGCGUAUGCUUUUCACAGUGACGACUUAACGGGAAAUGGUGUUUAGUUCAGUUAUUUAUAAAUGUAGAUUCAUUUAAAGGUUGGAGGCAAUAAAAAUUAUAAAUAAUGCCAAUAGAAUAUGAUUUAGGGAGUGUCAUACAUGGCAUUGUUUUAGUUUAACACAUUUUAAAAAUUAUUUUAAAUCAUUUCUUGUUGGCUAAUCACAGCUGGAAUUUAAAGUCUUCCAGAUGGUAAUUCAUAAUCUUUAUAGAAAGGCCUCAUCAUGAUAUUUUAAUCAUUUGAAUGUUCCUGACUGUAGAUGAGUCUCUGUGACAGGCUGCGCAGAAUGAUGUCUUCCUUAUAAAUGGUGAGCUCACCAGUGAGGAUUACUGAUGAUAGAUAGUUGUUGGUGUUUUUUUCUAUGUAUUCAUUUUUAUGCAAAGAGCUUUGUAAAAUACUGUAAAUAUUAAAAAUGCAAAGAGCCUUU